GUCUCCACAUCUCCAGACAGUCCGACCAAGACACCGAAGCCGACUUUACGCUUAGGGGAGGGCUGCCCCACCGGCGCGUGCUUGUCUGCUCAAGGCUUUAAGUUACUCUGACAGCCUCGUGUUAAUUGGUGACGUGCUUUAAGGAAUUCUGGAAGAGAUAAAGGCAAACUUGCCGUCGUCCUUCCAUCCGGACGUUGCGCAGUUUUUCAUUUAGCAGAGAGAAAUUGACCAACUUACCGCGCAUCUGCCCCUCGUUAAAUACUUAAAAAGGGGGACGCAGCAUUGUAGAUUCYCUUCUCUCAGACGCAGAUAGUUAAAGUAAAUAAGUGAAGUUGAGUAACAGCGAUCGGGUAUCUGAGUAAAUGCGCGUUUCGAUCACGUUUAGAGAAAGUCUGAAGUGUCUGGAUCAGGCUGAAAGCAUGGUCCAAUAAUUUGGAAGACGGAGGGAGAAAGCGGGAGAGACAGAAAGUAAGAAACAGAACAGGACAGGAAAAAAACCYAACAACUUUCGGGACACUUCGAAGUGUGUUUGCCUCACACAUCCAGGUGUCCCGCCGAGCGGUGCGCGGUCUCCAGCUCGGGCCGGGAGCGCUGACAUGCUGCCCAAAGUCGAGACUGAAUCUUUGGGACUCACUCGAUCGUAUGGGGAACAGGGGCACAUGCCAAGGAACUUGCAAGCCCCCCAGUUAAAAAUGAUGGACUACUCCUAUGACGAAGACCUGGACGAGAUGUGUCCCGUGUGCGGGGACAAGGUUUCCGGGUAUCACUAUGGACUCCUGACCUGCGAAAGCUGCAAGGGCUUCUUCAAGCGCACCGUCCAGAACAACAAGCGCUACACGUGUAUAGAGAACCAGAGCUGCCAGAUUGACAAGACCCAGAGAAAGCGCUGUCCGUACUGCCGCUUCCAAAAGUGCCUCACCGUCGGCAUGAAGCUAGAAGCUGUGCGAGCGGACCGCAUGCGUGGCGGUCGUAACAAGUUUGGCCCAAUGUACAAACGUGACCGUGCCCUGAAGCAGCAAAAGAAGGCUCUGAUCCGAGCAAACGGCCUUAAGAUUGAGGCCAUGAGCCAGGUGAUGCAAGCUGUACCCACUGACCUCACUAUCUCCUCAGCCAUUCAGAACAUCCACUCGGCAGCRUCCAAAGGCCUUCCACUGAGCCACCACGCCGGUCACCACACCAGUCACCACCACCACCACCAUCAUCACCAUCACGCCACAGCAUUGCCUCCUACAGACUACGAUCGUAGCCCUUUUGUUACUUCUCCUGUCAGUAUGGCGAUGCCGCCACACGCGGGCAGCCUGCAGGGCUACCAGGCGGCCUACGGACACUUCCAGGGCACACGCACCAUCAAGUCUGAGUAUCCAGACCCAUAUACCAGCUCUCCAGAGUCCAUCAUGGGCUAYGCUUACGUCGAUGCCUACCAGACAGGCUCUCCAACCAGCUUYCCCCAUCUGAUAGUAGAGCUACUAAAAUGUGAACCCGAUGAACCACAGGUUCAGGCAAAGAUCCUGGCCUAUCUACAGCAGGAGCAGGCCAGCCGAGGCAAGCACGAGAAGCUCAACACAUUUGGGCUGAUGUGCAAGAUGGCCGACCAAACACUCUUCUCUAUUGUGGAGUGGGCCCGCAGCAGCAUUUUCUUUCGUGAACUUAAGGUAAGUGUGAAUGAUCUGUUGCAGUGA